CUUGGCAAUAUUUUAUUAUUGAUAUUUGUCAAUAAUUUUCAUAUUUUGCGUUGGAAUGUGCAACUUCUUUCAGCUUGUUUGUUUUAAUAUUUCAUGAAACAUAAUAUAAUUUCAAUAGAGCUAUGGUAUAGUUGAUAAUAAAUGUGUGAAAGAUUUUCGUGGUGCAUACCUAGUAAAGUUUAUAAUCCAGUAAAACCGGUCGCUACACGUGUGAAUAAAUAGAAAAUGUCUGAACGAGAUCUAAUAAGUAGUGGCUCAAGCCGUGACUAUGGCUCAGCAGCUGCUCCACCCACUGUAGGCUUUGCGGACUUCAGCCCAACAGAGCUAUACAACUUAAGUGAAGGUAUCGCUGAUAAUGUGAACAAAAUCAACAGCGGCCUGAGAGCUUUGGAGAAGUUUAUGAAACAAAUUGGAGGCCCAAAUGAUAGUGUACAGCUAAGGGAUAGAAUCCAUGAUACACAGCAGAAGGUGAACAGUUCUGUGUCGGCCACGGCCAGGGAUAUUCAACGGCUGGGUGUGGUCAUCCGAAGAGGUGAUAAGCCCCAAAAGUUGCAAGUGGAGCGGUUGACCCAGGCAUUCAGAGAUGCUCUUGCUAACUACUCUUCAGUACAGAAGAAAGUGUCAGAAAAAAUGGCCGCCCAUAUGCCAACGCAGCCGAGAAACAGAAACGAUCCAGAGGCGUUGGAGAGGCAGGCCAUAGCCGACGACGAGGAAGCGAGCCUUCUGGCCAACCAACAAGCACAGGCACGCCUCGUACAGUUCGAGACUAGUAUGCUGCUUGAGAAGGAGGCCUAUGUGAGUAAGAUAGAGGCGGACGUGCUGGAUGUGAACCAGAUAAUGCAGGAGUUAGCAGACAUGGUCACCGCGCAGGCGCAGUCCGUCGAUACAGUGGAAAGUCACAUAGAGGCGGCCGCAGCUAGCGUUGAAACUGGCGUGGAUGAACUGGCGAAGGCAGCGGAGUACCAGCGUAGGUACAGAAAGAGAAUGUUCUUCUUCUCUCUCAUAGGUAUCAUCCUUGCUAUCAUACUUAUUGUGUGGAUAGUAAAAGCGUUUAAAUAAAACUCGUGUGAAACAUCCGGAUAAAGAAUGGGAUUAGAUACAUCGGCUUGCUUUAAAAAAGUGUGUGUCUACUUGUCUAUGUAUUAUGGAUACCACAACGGCGCCUAUUUGCUGCCGUGAAGCAGUAAUGUAUAAGCAUUACUGUGUUUCGGUCUGAAGGGAGCCGUAGAUAGUGAAAUUACUGGGCAAAGGAGACUUAACAUCUUAUGUCUCAAGGUGACGAGAAAGAAUUAUUUGGUCUUUCAAGAAUCCUGAGCGGCACAGAAUUGUAAUGGGUAGGGCGUAUUAAUUACCAUCAGCUGAACGUUCUGCUCGUCUCGUCCAUUAUUUUCAUUAAAAAAAAAUAUUUUUUGUCAAAACUGUAACACAAUAUAUUAUUAUUGCACUCGCCGACUGAUGCUACUUUUUUUUAUUAUCAAAGAACAGGAUGCGUCAUAAGCCGAACGUUGAGGACGAUCGUGUCACUCUCUCGCUUGAUCCUCUCUCUCUUUUGCACGCACGGCUCACGCGGAACGUGACGAUCAUAUAAGACGUUUUCACGUCAAUAAAAUGUAUUGGCGAAUAUGAGACAAUUUAAUCCCAUUCUUUAUUUUCGGAGUCUGUGAAACUUGUAUCUAUAUAAAUCGUUAUUUUCUUAGCCUUAGCCUCGAUACUUUUUCUUAACAGUUGUAAAAUUAGAAGUGUAAGUAAUAAUUCCCUUUGCUAAGAAAUAUUAUUGUUGUGUCGUUGGGAUAAUUUUGUAUACAUCAAUUCAAAUAUAUGUACAUAAUAUUACCUAUAUAAAAUUAUAAAUGAUUUUCUAUUAUAAGGUAAAUUUCUUAAAUCUGUAUUUAAGAUAGAAUCCGUUUAAAUCAUAAAAUUAGUCCCAUUAUUUGAAUCUUUUGUAAAAGAAAAGAACCAAUACUAUGCUGUUAUCGGAUAGAAGAAUUCAAUCCGAUCCGAUAUUUUUCAAUUCGAAAUAGUCGUAGCAUUUAAGUCAGUUAAUAGUUGUAACAAAUAGGUCAAGGGACUGGACUUGAAUAGAAUUUAUCUUUGGCUAUUUGUAUUAUUAAAGUUUAACAUAUUUAAAUCAAAUUGAUAAAAGUCUAACAUAUUUAAAUCAAACUGAUAUAAGUCUAGCAUAUUUAAAUCAAAUUGAUUUAAAUAUCUUAAUCAUUAAAGGAUUGUAAUUAUUAUUAUUGUGGAAUUGCAACAUAAAUUACUGCGAAAAAUUAUUAUUAUAAAUUCCUGAGCUUACAUAACCCGCCUGUAAAAUAAACUAAUACUUUUUUAAUCAAAUUCAGUCACAUUUCUGCGUUUAAUUCCUUUUAAAGUAAAGUAUUUAAUUGAAUAUUGUUUGAUUUGAUUGUUAUAUUCAUAUUAUGGUCUUAGUCUUAUUAUUUUUGUAUUCGAUUUAUUGCAUACGAUAAUUAAUGUUUUUUUUUUGAUAAUAAAUCUUCCUUUGUUUAAAAUCGAUGCAAAUUAGGCAAUGGAAGAACUUCUAAUACAAAAGAAACGCCACGCAGUGACAGAACAACUAUUUAGAACAAAAACAAAAUGCGAUCGGAUUUAGAUUUUCUUUUUAAUUUAACAAUUUGUAUAAAAAACUGGCUUAUUUAUUACUUCUAAUAACAGACUUAUAAUCAAUCAAUGCAAUACUUGUAAUCUUUCAUAUAUGACGAUAAGGCAUGCUUUAAAUCUUUUAAUAUUAUUUUUUAGUUUUGUAUCGAUUUUUGGAUCCAGACUAUGGUCUGAUUUCUUGAAAUAUAUUGGCCUAGAAAAAGACACAAACUAAAACGAAAAGAUGCGAACUUUAUGUAUUUAAUAUUGGUUCAAUUCACCUUGCAAAAAAAUAUUUUUGUAUUGGUAAAUUAGUGCUUGUUAAGGCAAGUUAUUUUACAAGUAAUUCUCGUAUUUGAACUUAAAUGUAACUAUAUGCUUAUCAGUCUUAUUUCGUAACAUCUGUAAAUAAUAUAAAAGUAUUUAUUAUUUUGAAACAACAUGAAUAUGUGCAAUAAGUUUAUUUAUAAUUAAUUCAAUCACUGUCAAUACUAUUUUAUAUAAAAAAAUGAUGCAAUUAUUCUGUACUUGAUAUAAGAAUGCAUGAAAAUAUAUUUAGGUUAAUAUAGUUACAUAUGGUUACAGAAACGAUUAUAUGAGAUGUUUAUUUUGUUUUUACGGUAUUUUAUUACGUUUUGUUAUUUGUUUUACAACGGUAUUGUUUUGUUGGAUGUUAGCAUAUUAUGUUUCAAAUGGAAUAAAACAACUUGUAUUUAGCUUUUCGCUGCUCUUUUUAGAUCAGAUAAAAAAAAAUCAAAUCUUAAAAUACAUAUAUAGGAGCCAUCGUAAAUACCUUAGUAGUUAAAUUAUUGAUCAUUCCGACACGUAAGGUUACUUUAAAUUGAAUAAGGAGUGAGCCAACCGUCCGAGUGACGCAUGAUUCGUAAAUCUUGGUAUGUUUUGUUCAACUGGUCCUGACACAGGUCGUGGUAGAGUAGAUCCCGUUGAUGGAGCCACAAUCUGAGAGUUGAACAAGACCUACAUAUUUACAAACCAUGCGUCACUUGGACGGUUGGCUCAGUUGGUAAGAGCGCUCGGACGGAACCCGAGAGGUCGCGGGUUCGAGUCCCGCAUCUGUCAUAAACAGAGGUUUUCUUUUUAAAGAUUGGGUUAAACAUAAUGCUCUGACAUAUCUCAAAUACUACUUACUGCAUCAAUAUAAUUUAUAAGAUGUAUCACACUUAUUUAAUAGUUACAUAUAUAUUAUAUACAGGGGCUAGAGUAGCAACUAGGUAUAUUUGAAACGGAACGCUAAAUUUAACUUAAACAUAUUAUUAUAAAUAAAAUAAUUUAAAAAUUUACACAUAUUUUAUGUUAUCCCUAUAUAUUAUGACGACCUGUAUAGCCGAGUGGUUAGUGAUCCUACCUACUAAGCUAAAGGUCCCGGGUUCGAAUCCCGGUAGGUGCAAGCAUUUAUAUGAUGAAUAUGGACGUUUGUUUCCGAGUCAUGGAUGUUUAAAUGUAUUUAUGUAUGUUUAUAUAAAUUUAUGUAUAUUUAAGUAAGUAUAUUGUAUUAAAUAUAUCAUUGUCUUGUAACCCAUAACACAGGCUAUACAUGCUUAACUUGGGGCAAGAUAAUUUGUGUAAAAGUGUGUCAAUAUUUAAAAAAAAUAUAUUAUACAGCUUGUCACAGCUUUAGCAUUAUUUUUUGUUCAUUUUAAAAAUUAAAAAUUACAAAAUCGCGGGACUAUAAAUUAAGUUGUUUCAAAAUUUGCCAACAUAAAAUUAUACAGUACAUAAAGUUGCAACUGUUUUUAUGUAAAUCUUUACUAGGUAUGUAGUUAAAAUUGUAAUAUAAAUUAUAGUUUGAAAAUAUGACGUGAUGAUUCAUUUCGCAACCUCUUGCUACUGUAGCGCCAUUGCGGGCCUAUUUGGAACUAUAUUUAUUAGUGAUAGUUGAACAUGUUCUUUGUUGUUCGAUCUUGCCUGUGUCCUUUAUGAUUAUGGAGGGAAGAGGCCAUGAGUAUCAUCUCUUAACGAAGUAAAGUUGAAAAAGUAUGCAGCUUAUGUUGUAAACAACAGUUCAAAAAGCUUCCACAAUGGCGCUGGUGUAUACGGUAUGGUAUGAAGUAUGGUGAAUGUAGCAUUUGUAAACGAAAUGAAGUAUGUCGAGUUAAAAAACUUAAUAAUCAACUAAAGUAGUUAAAUUGUAAAAAUUUCAACAACUUACGUUGUACAAAAUAAUGUAGUUAAUUUAUAACCUUAAAGAGUUAUUAUGAGAAAACAUGUAGCUAAAAUGAUUAGUAUCUAUAUAAUAUUAUAUAUAUAAUAAAAAUGGUCUUUGUUUGAGGCUCUUUCACGCCUAAACCACUGAUUGUAUCGACAUGAAACUACCACCAUUCGAUGCGAUAUUUAUCCUAGAUGGUUCAUGGCUACUUUUUUUGUUAUUGUUUUAAUUAAUUUCCUUUUAAAAUUCGCCCGGGCGGAAACGUCUAGUUAUAUUUGGCGCUUCUUUUAAAAUUUACCCUGAUGCUAUUGUAGCGCCGCCCUAAUUUAACGGACUUUGACGGAACUAUUGUUGAUUAGAUGAUUCUCCUUACCUCUACCCUCUAUAGUCUUGACACUGUUCUCCUUAUCUCUUCACUCCGUAGAGUGGGAGUGGGAGGCUCCUUUGCACAGAAAGCCGGCUUGAUUAUGGGUACCACAAUGGCGCCUAUUUCUGGGCAAAUGAGACUUACCAUCUUAUGUCUCAAGGUGACGAGCGCAAUAGUAGUGGUUUUUCAAGAAUCCUGAGCGGCACUGCCUUGUAAUGGGUAGGGCGUAUCAAUUACCAUCAGCUGAACGUCCUGCUCGGCUUGUCCCUUAUUUUCAUAAAAAAAAUUGAGAUAAUCCCUAUCACUGUCUAGAUAUUAAUCCAAAAAUAGGUAUAAAUCAGACUUUACAACAUUAAACGAUUAUUUGUCGUGUUACUUCUAUAUCUAAUAAUUAUUUGAUUAUGCUCGAGUUAUAAUUAUUAUAAUAAUAUUUUAUUAAUUUUUAUGGUAAUGCAUGCUUACUACUAUUAUUUUAAUAGUAGCUUAAGUAUUUAGUUCAAUUAUUUGCCAGUCGUUUAUUUAUUUUAUAUGUGCUCAAUUUCUUUAUCUCAGAUUGAUGUCUCGGAAUACUUAUUAAUUUAGUACCUAUAACCUGUAAGCUAAGAGACCAGCGGGUUUGAAUCCCAGACUGGCGAAACUAAGAAAAAAGCGAUUGUAUGAAACGUGUCUAUAUGUAUGUAUGUUGUUAAAAACGGUUGUAGCCGAAAUCUACUGCGUUUUAAGCAACUGUUCGCUUUCGUGCUUAGCCGGAUUAUACUUCGUUGCCAAUCGCCAUACUGUAAUUACUACUAUUUCAAAGUUAUUCAAAUCACUGCACGUUUCAUACUAAACUAAAUUUCAAUUUUUACUUAGGCAGUCCUGCCUCUUAUUACGUAAUAUUUACAUACUCUUUGUACCAAUAUAUGCAAAUAUUUGUAUAUUCCAUAUGAAUAUUUAUUAGUCUGGGGCUCGAUAAUAUUUUUCUUGUAAUUCUUUAACUUUGAAAUGCCUUUUAAUUUUUUUUUAUUCCAUACAUUCCAUUAAGCCAAAGCAGUCAUUAAUUGUCUUCAUCUUAAUUUAAUUUAUCUAUAAAUAUUUUAUAAUAGCAAUGGCACAUCUAAAAAUUUGUUUAACCUAUUGUUAACAUGUAUAAUUAAGUUUUAUAUAAAUACCAGAAACAUGAACUAAAUAAAACUAAUCCUUGAUGACGUUGAUUAAAAAUCACUCGGAUACGUAAUCCGUGUCGUCUGGGCAUCAAUAUCAUCUAUAUAUGUCUUAAAACAGGCCAGGGAUAUUAGUUUAGUGUGCGUGACAAGCUACGUCUAACACUCGCGAUUUGUUAGUGUGCGUCAAUUGCUCAAAAUUGAGGUUAAUUCUAAAGUCAAUUUUUUCGACGUUUUCACAGCUGUCAUUGUCUAUUAACGGCCGUUCCCAAUAUUCAGUCUAUCUCUUACUUGAGAUAAAUAUCGUAACUAUCGUUGACUUAUCUGUCCCAAUAAGCUUUUCGACGGUAACUCACCUUAUCCGUACACGCUGUCUGUCAAUGGGACGACGUAUAGUUUACCAGCGAUAGAAGUUUGUAUGGAAAAGGCAAUUCACGCGUCCCAAUAUAAGGCGAUAAGAAUGAAUUAUCGGGUAUAGUGGGACAGCUUCAGAUUAUUGACAGCUAAUUACUGACAGUAGAAGGUAGUAAAUCAUCACUUUCUGUAGAUAGGGAUUGGGAACGGCCGUUAGACGUAUAAAUGAUCUAGGCGUAAGACGAAUUUACUGACGUGACGUUUGAUUGUCAAUGUCAUCUAUUUAUGUAUACAAUGUAUGUUAACGUGACACUAAGUACUAACUAUUGGUUAUUUCAGAGAUUGUAUGUUGUUUUGAUGCGGAUUCAAUAUGCUAAGUCUACGAUAUUAUUCUAAAAACAGUAUUUAUUCGUUUUUAUUUGUACCUCAGCCACGUGUAAGGCAUCUACACUAUAUUAUACUAGAGUAUAUUAAAAUGUUUUCCAUUUA